CCGCGUCCAGCUGUCGGGGCUACCUCCCGUCGCGGCUCCGCUAUAAAACCCGGGCCCGCAUGAUCGCGGCAUCCUCAGCGGCCUCCUGGGUACGCGACCCCCGGCUCGGCGGCGUCUCUGCUCGGUCGCGAUGCGGCUGUUCCUUGCGCUCCUGGUCCUGGCCGCGGCCGGGCCCUCGGCCGCUGCAGAGUUACACUGGUGCUACGAGAUUCAAGUCAAGCCCUCCAACUACACCUGCUUGGGGCCAGACAAGUGGGGUGGAAACUGCCAGAAGAGCCGCCAGUCCCCCAUCGACAUCGUUACCAGCAAGGUGCAAGUGAACAAAAGCCUGGGACCCUUCUCCUUCUCUGGCUACAAUGAGAAGCUAGAGUGGACCGUGCAAAACAACGGGCACUCAGUGGUCAUGUUGCCGAUGACAACGGAUGGGACUGAGGUUGCGAUUGCUGGAGGAGGACUGCCUGCUCGGUACCAGGUCACGCAGUUCCACCUGCACUGGUCCAGGUUGAUGGAUGCAGGCUCGGAGCACAGCAUCAACGGGGAACGCUUUGCCAUGGAGUUGCACAUAGUACAUCAGAAAGAGGAGGGGACAUCGGGGAACCAGAAUGAUGCCCAGGACUCUGGAGACGAUACCGCAGUGCUGGCCUUCCUGGUGAAGCCUGGACCUAAGGUGAAUGACGGCUUCCGGCCACUGGUGGAGGCACUGUCUAAAAUCCCCAGACCCGAGAUGAAUACCAUCAUACGAGGGAUCAGCCUGUUAGACUUUCUGCCCAAUGAGGAGAAACUGAGGCACUACUUCCGCUACCUGGGCUCGCUCACCACGCCGACCUGUGACGAGACGGUUAUCUGGACUGUGUUUGAGGAACCCAUUGAGCUGCACAGAGACCAGAUCCUGGAGUUCUCUGAUAAGCUGUACUACGACGAGAAACAAAGACAGAACAUGACAGACAACGUCCGGCCUGCGCAGGACCAGGGGCAGCGCACAGUGUACAAGUCCCAGGCCCCAGGCCAGCUGCUGCCCUUGCCUCUGCCCGCCCUGCUGGUCCCCACGCUCACUUGCCUGGCGGCUGGCUUCCUCCGGUGACGACUCACUUCUGCACAUGGGAUCUCCGGCCUCAGCCCUUGGACGUUUGGCUUCCUUCCGUUCCACAGGCUUCCCAGGUUGAACUUUGGGCACGAUUAAAAUAUGUAUAUAUUUUUGGAGAAA